AUGUGGAAAAUUGCUGCGGUGUGUUUCGCCGUACUCGGGCUUAGUGCGUACGUUGUCAACGGUACCACCAAACUGCAGGAACGAUACAGUUGGAAGCAGCUGGAUUUUGUGUUCCCGAAUGAGCAGCUGAAGCAGCAGGCGCUGGCCAGUGGGGACUAUGUCCCCACCAAUGGACUUCCGGUCGGAAUCGAACGGUGGCAGAACAAACUGUUCGUCUCGGUGCCACGAUGGAAGGACGGCAUUCCGUCCACGCUGAACUACAUCGACAUGAAUCAGACCCCGUCGGGGUCGCCGGCUUUGAUUCCGUAUCCGGACUGGGCCAGCAACGUUGCGGGAGACUGCGCCAACGGCUUGAACACCGUCUACCGUAUCAAAGCGGACAAGUGUGAUCGGCUGUGGCUGCUCGACACCGGCACCGUUGGCAUUGGAAACACCACCCAGCAGCUCUGUCCGUACGCGCUGAACAUUAUCGAUCUGAAAACGAACCGCCGAAUCCGGCGCUACGAACUGCGUGCUGAGGACACCAACCCGAACACCUUUAUCGCCAAUAUUGCCAUCGAUAUGGGACGCAGUUGUGACGACACGUUCGCCUACAUGUCCGAUGAGCUGGGCUACGGAUUGAUUGCUUACUCUUACGAAAAGAACAAGUCGUGGCGUUUCGCUCACAGCUUCUUCUUCCCGGAUCCGCUGCGCGGAGACUUCAACAUCGCCGGACUGAACUUCCAAUGGGGUGAGGAGGGUAUCUUCGGAAUGUCACUUUCGCCCCUGCAAGCCGACGGAUUCCGCACGAUGUACUUCUCCCCAUUGGCCAGCCAUCGCGAAUUUAUGGUCUCGACCAAGACGCUCCGUGACGAAGAUCGAGUGGAGGAAAGCUUCCACGAUUUCCAGUAUCUGAAAGAACGAGGACCAGACGCGCACACCACCUCGCGUGUCAUGAGCGAAACCGGCCUGCAGUUGUUCAACUUGAUCGAUCAGAACUCGGUCGGUUGUUGGCAUUCAUCGCUUCCCUACAGUCCCGAAUACCACGGCGUCGUCGAUCGCGACGACGUCGAGCUAGUCUUCCCUGCUGACGUCAAGAUCGACGAAUCGGAAACCGUGUGGGUCAUAUCCGAUCGGAUGCCAGUGUUCCUGAUCACCGAACUGGACUACAGCGACGUUAACUUCCGAAUUUUCAGCGCUCCACUGCGCGUCCUAGUUUCGGGAACCGUCUGUGACGUUCAUCCGUCGCUCGGACCUGCCUCCGUGCAGCCCAAGUUCGGAGGCUCGGAAGCGGACACCACACUGGUUGAAACCGGCUACACCCAACCCGUUAGCUACACCCCUGUGGCAUACACCCCAACCGCUGCCCCAGCCGUGUCCUACGACACACCCUCCUCCCACAUGUACUCAACCCAACUGUACCCAACAACCGCCAAAGCCUACCACUACAAUAAGUACCACAACAUAGAGUACCACGCACAGGGUAACGGACACGGUCCGGAAUACCACCAAUACCAGCCGCACGAUCACUCCGGCGGCGGUUACUAUUCCGGUCAUCGUUACUGGGGGGGCGGUGGCGGUAGCAAAAAGCACGAAUCCCUAAAGCAAUACUUUUACUAG